UUAGAAAUCAGGUUCGGCAAUAACCACAUAGAAUUUCCUGAUUUAUACCAUAAAAUGAAUGAAGAUCGGCUUAAACAAUUCUUAAUUCAACUUCUGACCAGUGGUGGAGGAGUCAAGCCGAAAGAACUCAAAUUCCGCCUUUAUCGAGCCCUAUACUAUGCGGCAACUAAUGAAGGGAAGUAUUUAAAGGACUUAUUCCCCACCAUUAAUGCCGAUGAGGUAAGUCAAAUGAAAGAUUAUAAUGAUCCUAUAAAGAAUGCUCGAGUCAUUGAAAAGCCCUUCUAUUCAACUAAAGAGAAUAGUGAUACUUAUAGUCAUCCUCGAGGUAAAGCAUGUGCAAGAAGAAUGAAGAAAGGUGAACCAAGUUAUAGAUGUGAACAAUGUGGUUAUGAUGAUACAUGUGUAUUAUGUGUUUAUUGUUUUAAUAAAGAUGAUCAUAUAAAUCAUGAUGUGACUAUGUAUUUAUCCGAUGGUAAAUCCGGUAUCUGUGAUUGUGGAGAUAUUGAAGCAUUUAAGUCAUUAAAUUGUAAGUGUCAUAGUAGUAGUAGUAGUAGUAGUAAUACUAAUAAUCAAGAAAUCGAUAUUAAUGGUUUAGAAGAUUCACUAUUAUCGACUAUUCGAAUUGCCCUCGAUUAUAUACUAGAUGUAACUAAUUUUGCCAUUCAUACAUUACCAUGUAUUCAUAGUCGAAUUGAUAAUAAUCAUAUUGAAUUAAAUCGUCAAGAUAUAAGUGAAUUUUCAAAUUUACCAAGAGAAAAUUAUGGGGGAAUAAUUGAUAGUCAUUAUGAUGAAGAUUGGUAUUUAAUUCUUUGGAAUGAUGAACGUCAUAAUGCACCCGAAGCUAAAAGUUCAAUUGAAAGUGGAAUUGGUGGAACUGAUAAACAAUUAGAAGAUUUAACUCAUACUAUUGAUGCUAAUGGUAGAUGUAUAAUUGAACAAUCUAAAAAUCUUAGUCGAUUAAUUAAAAUUAAGGAGAAAGUUGAACAAGGAGGUUUAGUGGCCAGUAUUAUAAGAUCAAGAGAUUAUACUCGAGAUAUUAUGGUUGAAUUUAUAAUUCAAUGGUUAUUAGAUAUUAUACAAUCAACCAAUUCAAAUUUUAGUGAAUUAUGUAAAUCUAUAAUUGCCGAAUUAUUAUUAGAACCCGAUUAUAAAUUGGCUAAACCAUGGCCCAGUUAUAUGUUUAAUAAUUGUGGACCUAAUUUUGAAAUUGAAGCGUUUCAAAAUGGAUUUCUUAUGGAUAAUGAAUUCCCCAAUUUAGGAUAUUGUCAAGUUAAAUCGACUUUUGAACCUCAAGAUAUCACUAAACCAUUUCGAAUUGGAUUAACUCAUAAAUCAGAAUUGAAUAAGAUUCAUCAAUCUCGUCUUCAAUAUUUAUUAUUAUUUGAAAUAAGACUUGCUAAACAAACUAGAAAGAAAUUACCGUCAUUAUUCUUACAACCUAUAGUAUCAGAUUUAGAUAAAAAGGCUAUAUUUGCCUAUCAAUUAAUGGAAAUCUUUCCCUCUUUAUUACCUAUAUUAGCUAUAGCUGAUCGUGAAGAAGAUUUAAAUUCUUUACAUGAAAUAGCCGUACAAAUCUUAACUUGUCCAACAUGUGUAGGACAAGUAUAUGCUAAUGAUCAAUUAGGAAAUGUCUUAGGUCCAUUAGUUAGUCUAAUUGAAAGUUAUUCAAUUGAAUGGAAUAUAGAUACAGUAUAUCCUAAUUAUAUUAAUAUUGAUUAUCAUGGAUUAAGAAUGCCCUAUAAGGAUGCUUUAGCUAUAAAGAAAGCUAUAAUGUUUGGCAUAUGGACCAUAAAGAAAUUAACUGAUAAAAGUUUUGCUGGAGAUCUGAUUGUCAAUAUCUUAAAUCCUCAUAAUUUAAGUAUGAUAUUAAUGCUUUUACGAUACUUUCAAGGGUAUUGGCCAAUGAUAAGAAAGUAUGGAGAACAUGUAGAAACUGAGAGUUAUGAUUUUACCAUUCAUUUAGAAUUCUCUCGACAAAUCCUUGAAAUUGUUCGAUCUAUUGCCCUAUAUAAUUAUGAUAUUUCCUUAGUUCAACUGGCAUUACAAUUGAUUAUUGAAUGUUUAUAUUUAAGACCGGUCAGUUAUAAUGAUAAGGGACUUAUUGAAUUUAAAGUUAGUAAGGAUUCAGUAGCGUUUGUUAAUCCUAUAAAUUCAUUAUUGUCAUAUAUGUUACAAUUUAGAGGUAUAACUGAUUUACAAAUGGAUAAAUUCACUACUCAAUUACCACAAAUUUGUGAUCUUUCUCUUACCAGUAUCGUAUUAGGAUUUCAAAUUAAAAUUGGAUUUUGGAUAAGAAAUGGGAUUUCGGCAUCUCGUCAAGCUUCAUUAUAUUUCGAUCCUAUAUUACUGGAACAUACCUAUUUGCGAGACUUUUAUUUAUGUCAAGUUAAUGCUAUCUAUAAUGAUCCAACAGCAGUAUUCCAUUUCUUCCUUCAUAGAUGGGAAUUAAAUAAUUGGUUUGAAGGCAUUGAGGCUCAUGAUAAAACAGGAUAUGAAGAUCGAUUCAAUUCUAUUUCGGAAAAGAUGAUUAUAUUCUUUUAUAAUUUAAUUACUGAUAGACUGUCGUUUGUUAAAUCAUCUACUGAAGAAAGACUUGUGCAAAAGGCCAAAUUGGCUAUAAGUUAUGCAUUAUGUGAUGAGCCUCGAUCUUAUUCUAAUUUACGUAAACGAGUAGGUGAUGAAAUCAAUUCAUUACCUCAAUAUGAUACUAUCUUAAAGGAAGUAGCUGAUUAUCAAGAACCUUCAGGAUUAGUCGAUACAGGAUUAUAUCGAUUAAAGGCUUCACAAUUUGAACAAUUGGAUCCUCUAAGUCUUUUAUUGGAUUCUAAUAAAUUCCAACAAGUUUCAGAAACUCUUAUAAAGAAUGUGGCUAAAAUCAAUAAAAUCCCCGAAGAUUCAGUAGUAUUAAUGCCUCGAAUUUCCCCUAGUGAUGAAUCAUUUAUUAAUAAAUCUAUAGCUAAUUUUACCAAGACUAAAGAUUUUGCAAAAUUGAUUUAUAAAUAUUUACAAUUAUCUAUUGAUUCAUCCGAUGAAACUUAUUUACCACAACUACUUCAUUUAGUUCAUGCGGUAAUUAAAGAUGAUGAAUUAUUAUAUGGGAAUAAUUAUUUAAAUGACCAUUUUAUAACUAUCCCCAUAACUGAUUUAUUAUUAACUAUAGUUGAACUGACGAUGUCGAAAUAUGUGGUUCUGAAAGCGGAUUAUUUAGUGGAUCAAUUCAUUAGUAAAGAUUCUCGAAUUAUGGAGAAUUUAAUUGAUUGCUUUGGAGAAGAAUAUAUAAAGACUUAUAAACGAAAGAAAACUCAAGAAACAGAAAUUGAUAAGAAAAAGAGAAUUGCCGAAGAUCGUAAAGCCAAAAUUAUGAAGAAAUUCGCUAAGAAACGAAGUAAAUUUCUUCAACAAAAUCCAUCAGAAACUCAUGAUGAAACGAGUCAACUUGAACAUACUCAUCUUGAGAAUUCUUCAAAUGUAUCAUUUAGAACUUGUGUAUUAUGUGGAGAAAUUGAAAAUACUAAAGAUCCAUUUGGAAUCUUAUAUACUUCAGCAGAAACUGCUACACUUUGGAAAGUUCCUGAUACAACUCAAGGGUUGGCAAAAUCUCUUGAACUUUGGCAACCUCCUAAUUGUCAAUUGGAUAUACUGACUAUUUAUGGUCAAGGAUAUAAUUAUCAACAAGAACCUUCACAAUUUAAUAAUGUAUCUUUCCGAGCCAAUGUCUUAACUACUUGUGGUCAUGGAAUGCAUUAUUCAUGUUAUAUAAGAUCUUCACAAAAUUUAAGAUUAUUUGCUUGUCCCUUGUGUCAUAAUCUUCAUGAAAAAUUCUUACCAUCAUUUAUACCUCCUAAUGAUGGAGGAGGAUUAUCGCUUGAAGAAAUCUUUAGAGAUACUAAAAAAGUUAAAUAUAAUCAAAUUCUUCGAUCUUCAUCCAAUUCUAAAUGUCGGAAAUUAAUUGAAGCCACUAUUCAUGAAGAUUAUAUAACUUCAAAUGAUACAGAUUUCCGAAAAUUCGCUAGAAUUUUACUGGAUGAUUUAUCAUAUCUUCCUACUGUUCGAAAGUAUUUAGUGGGGAUUAAUAAUAAUGAGAAAUACUUUAAUAGUCUUCAAAAUGUUUCAGUAAUGAUUGGAGAUAUUAUUAGAAUGAGUGAAAUCUCUACUAGAAUCAGUGGAACUGUGAGUUAUUCUAAUUUCUUAACUCAAAUAUCUAAUCCCACCAAGAUAUUACUUCGAUCAUUAAUUCAAUGUCGAGCAGUAAUGUUUGAAUGUAGAAGUUCUCCCAUAUUAUUAAAUACAAAUUAUGGAUUGGAUUUUGAAAUUAAUUCAUUUUGGAGUUCAGAUAAUUUAUUGGAUGGAGUAUUUAAUGAAGUGGUUCUGUUAUUCUUUCAAACUGAUGAAUCACUUGUUACUUUAUGUCGACUUGGAAUUACCAAAUUAUUAACCAUUUGUAUUUAUUCAUUAUUUGAUAGAAGUAGAUUUAAACCUGAUUUGAUUGAUAUAUUAGUGGAUGAAGAAGAUAGUCCAAUUAAUGAAGAUACUCUUAAGGCACUUGCUCAUUUAAUUACUUAUUCAGUAUAUGAAAUGCCUACGGUUAUAAUUUCAUCUAGUGAUCCUAUAGUGAGAAAGUAUUAUUUCACAAUUGAAAGACUUGUAUUACCUUUAUUAAGACAAUUGGUUAUACUUGAAGAUAUAAUUACUGCUAAACAUGUUAGUGAAAAUACUUUUGAAUCAUUAGAUAGAUUUCAAGAUUUGGAAUUUGAUAUAAUGGCUCAAAAAAGACCAGCAUGUUCAGAUGCAUUAACUAAAGUCCUUGGAUUACCAAGUUUAAGUGAAUUAAUUAUUGGAAUUGCUCAAGAGAAUGGUGAUGAACGAUUUGAAUUUGAAUCUCAAGUAUAUGAUAUUGUAUGUAAUGCUAAGAUUCCUAAAUAUUAUGAAGAAGGAAUUCUUACUCUUGAAUAUCCGGGAGUUGUACAAUUAAUUCCUAUGACCAAAGAUUAUAAUGCAUGUGUAAUUGAUUCAAAUAAUUAUUCAAUUAAAGGAGGUUAUGAUAAAAUGGUAUGUUUAGUAUGUGGAACACGAGUUAAAAGUUCAAGAGGUGCUCAACAUCUUAGUGAAUGUUCAGUUCAUACGGGGCCAUUUUUUAUACCUCGAUUAAAUGUAUUAAGAAUUAUAACUCAUAGUGGACCUAAUAGAAUUAAUGUAGAUAUAUCAGGACCAUAUUUAACCAGUCAUGGAGAAGUUAAAAAGGCCAAUACUUCAGGUAAUGCUAGUUUAAAUAAGCAAAGAUAUUUAACGCUUAAUAAGCUUUGGUUAAAUCAUGGACUUAAUUCAUUUGUAUCGAGAAAUAUCUAUGAUUCACGAGGGGAUGGGAAUAUUAUUAAUAUAUAUGUUCAAGCAGAUGAUGAUUGGGAAGAUGAAGGAGAGGGAGAGGAGGAGGAGGAGGAGGAAGAUGAUGAUAGUGGUGAAGAGUUUGGAGAUGUACCAGUUAAUAAUUUCUUGUGGUAGUAUAUAGUAUAUUAUACAUAUAAUACAUGUUAUACAUAUAGUACAUGUUAUACAUAUAAUAUAUUAUACAUAAUAUACUUAUAAUAUAUGUUAUACAUAUUAUACAUAUUAUACAUAUAAUACAUAUUGUAUAAAUACUCAGUAUAGUUUUAAUAUACAAGUAUAUUCUACUACAUAAACUAUACUGAGUACUUAUACACAUAAGUACAUUAUAUAUUAUACAUUAUAUAUUAUACAUUAUAU